AUGCAUAGAUCAGUGCUUGCCGCGUCAGAGAGCGGAUUGCGUCACGCCAAGGCAAGAGCGUUGAAGCGAAGGCAAGUAAUAAAUACAAUUAUUUCCAGCCAAGCGCACUCCGGUCAUUUGGCAAAGUCCGAGGUCUGGCGUGAAAUCCCCCACGAUCUCAACAUUCGUGAAAUGGCGAUGGAACCUGAUACACGCGCUUCAGAGAACUUCAACUGGGAGCUGCAAAGCUCACCACGCUCAGACUUGGCUGCGGGCGAAUUGUUGAAGGCAGGAGCAGGGCACUCACGUUUUCGAUUGGACUUGACCACCAAUCAACAUGACAGAGUCAGUGGCAUGGCGACUCUCAACGCAACGUCAUCACACAAGGUGCUCGGACACGCAAUCAGCUUCUUCGGGAGUCAAAUGAAAACCCCUGGGAGCAAUGUCUGCGGGCAUGGGGAUCCAGUUUUCGAUAGGGCUUGGCACAGGGCUUGCGGGUCCGUCACUGGGAAACCAGAGCCCUGUGCUGGACAUGGCAUCGAGGUGCCUGCCGAAUCUUUUGCUUCAUCAUGCGCCACUGCCCUCGGUAGAGGGCCGUCACUCGACUACCCGCUGACUAGCCUUCGAUUCAUAGCUUACCCGAAACCCGCUCUUGACGAUGUUGAGGGUUCGAUCCCUGGCGAUGGCACUUGUCAAUUUGCUUUUCCCCUCCGGGGAUCGAACCCUCGAAGUCAUAGUCAACAGCGCUGGAACAUCGGACACAUGCUUGUGCAUUCAUAG